AUGAAUUUGGCCGAGAGUGGCCUGAUAUCUCCUGUAGAAAUCAAAGAUCACGGGAUCGACAGUUUCCAACCUGUGGUGGUUGAUGUUGAUGACAUAAAUGGGUCGUCGAACAAGCCAAACCUGUGGAGGGUAGCUACUGUGCAUAGGGUUGAAGAGCUCAAGUGCAUCUUUAGAAUGUUGCCAGUUUGGGGUGCGGGAAUACUGCUAAUCACUUCACAUUCACAUCUGGGAAGCUUUACAAUCCAACAAGCUCGCAGCAUGGAUCGUCAUAUAUCCCACAACUUUCAAAUACCUCCAGCCAGCCUAUCAAUCUUUACUGUCUUAACUGUGCUCAUGGGUCUUCCUCUAUAUGAGCGCAUCUUUUUACCAUUUGCUCGUCGCUUCACAGGAAAUCCAGCAGGAAUAACUUGCUUACAAAGAAUGGGCAUAGGAUUUGCAAUUAACAUCGUUGCCACUAUAGCUUCAGCAUUGGUUGAGAUCAAACGUAAAGCUGUUGCUGCACAACAUGGCCUAAUUGACCAACCUACUACUGUUAUACCUAUUAGUGUAUUUUGGUUGGUUCCACAGUAUUGCCUCCAUGGAGCUGCAGAAGUUUUCAUGGCAGUUGGGCACCUUGAAUUCCUCAUUGAUCAAUCUCCAGAGAGCAUGAGAAGCACUGCGGCUGCACUCAACUCGUUAACAACAUCUUUCGGAAAUUAUUUAGGCACUCUCAUGGUAUCUUUAGUUCACAAUUAUACCGGUAACGACCGCAACUGGCUACCUGACCGGAAUCUCAACAAGGGAAAAUUGGAUUAUUAUUACUGGCUUGUGACUGGAGUACAGUAUAAACCUUUGGAGGAGCUGACUGAAAGUAGCAAGGAAACUGACGUGGAGUUAGCUAACAACAAAAAUUCUUCAAGCGCAGCAAAUUAA